AGACGUUUUUUUUUUUACUGUAAUAGCAACCGACUCAUCAUCCCCUUUGGCUUGAGUCCAACCAAUGCGGGACAGAGAAGGAAGCGAAGGAAAGGCAACAAGCCAAGAAGAGCGAGAGAGGCGCUGUGGCUUUAAGUAACAGUGCAGUCGGCCGGAGGGGGGGUGAAGCAUCCAGGAUCGUUUUGUUUGCGCGCUGGUACCCUCUCACAGAGAGACCUGCUCCUGCUGACAGUGGACAGGGAGCACUAUGGUCUUUUGCUUUUUUGAUGGAGCAGACUAAAACGCCUAAUCAUGAGGUGCUUUUUACUGGGCCUACUUUUUGUCCUUGUUUUUCUCCAACAGACAGUUUGGUGUGAGCCAGUCAUCACCCCCGGCGGACCUCAUGUGGUUGUUCCCAAGGGGGGCAAACUGGAGCUUCGUUGCCAUGAAAACGCCACAGUGUCUGGCGCCCCACCAACUAGGCUGCGCUGGCAGAGGGAGAGGGCGCGUCGGUUUGAGGGAGACAUGGAGGAAGGUGCAGUGGUCUAUGUGAAGGUGUCCUCUGCCCAAGCCGUUCACAUGGGCCGCUAUGUCUGUCUGAACAACAACACCCUGGAACACAGCUCUAUCUAUGUCUAUGUCAAAGAUCCUAAAAAUAUCUUCCAGCGCACCAUGGUAAAUGUCAUACUGGUGCGAGCCGGUGAAAACUGCACCAUCCCAUGUCUUGUGACUGACCCCAAUGUUACCCACUUGGCCUUGGAGACUUGUGAUGGUCGACCUUUGCCCUCGGGUCUGAGUUACCGGAGCACCCUUCUGCGAGGCAUUAUCAUCAACAAUACACAAAAGGAGUUUGAAGGCUGUUACAUCUGUGUGGGGAGGUUGGCUGGACAAAGAGUGGUUUCCAUGUCAUAUAAAGUGGAGGUGCGCUCUGUGCCAGAAAUGCCUCCAGUGAUCUUACUCUCCCAUAAGGACAAUGUUAUUUUGAAAAAAGGGGAGCAGUUUCAAGUUACCUGCAGCUCCAACAAUGUCGACCCAGACUUUAGUGUCAAAUGGCACUUUCCCCCAACUGCGGAUCCAGUUGAAUCCCAUGGGUCCAACAUCCUUUUAGGCUCCCAUGGUUACCAGAGGUCCACCUCACUUGUGAUCACAUCUGUGGACCAGUCAGACUCUGGCAUCUAUCGCUGCAAUGCUCAUAAUAAGAGAGGCAACAGUUCUAGGACCAUGCACUUGGAUAUUCGCGAUAAAGGAUUCAUCAGCAUGUUGGGAAAUGCUAGUCCAGUUCAGGCUGUGAUUAAAGAAGGGGAGAGCUUGAGUCUUAAAGUGCAGUUUGAGGCUUAUCCUGCCCCCAGAUCCCUUUUCUGGUCUUUCAAUGGCAAACACCUUCUCAAUACAACAGAGCACUUCAUCACUGUGCACAAGAAGAAGUACAGAUAUGAGAGCGAGCUCAGGCUGGUGAGGGUUCUGGGCUCAGAGGGAGGCAUUUAUCUGUUUUCUGUCAGCAAUGAAGAAGCAAAUGUCACUCAUGCAUUUCAUGUCUACGUCAACAGCAAGCCCAUGAUUAUUGCUCAGGAAGGACCUGUGGAUGGACAAGUGCGAUGCAUUGCUGCUGGAUUUCCAGUCCCAAAGAUUAGCUGGUACUUCUGUGAGGUGCCUCACACCAGGUGCUCACACCUGCCCAACGCCUCUCAGUGGGAGGUCUCUGAGGUUUCCAUGGUGACCGAGUCUGCCUUUGGUCGCAGUGAGGUGGAGAGUCGUCUGAACAUCAGCAAGGAGCAUGCUCAGUACCACACCCUCGAGUGUGUGGCCUACACUGAGGGAGAUGAGGCCUACACCCUGUUCUCCAUCAGUGAGCGAGUUGUUCCGCAUGAACUCUUCACCCCUCUGCUCACUGGGAUGGUGGCUACUGGUGCCGUCCUCACCUGCUUCCUGGUGGUGCUGCUUUACAAGUAUAUGCAAAAACCUAAAUUCCAAAUUCAGUGGAAGGUUAUUGAUAGUAUCCAUGGCAACAACUACAUUUAUAUUGACCCCACCCAGCUCCCGUAUGACUCCAAAUGGGAGUUUCCACGGCAGAAACUGCGCUUUGGUAAAACUCUGGGCUCUGGUGCUUUUGGUAAAGUAGUGAAAGCCACUGCCUAUGGGCUGUGCUCAGCUGAUACUGUCACAGCAGUUGCAGUAAAAAUGCUCAAACCCAAUGCCCAUGCGACGGAGAAGGAGGCUCUAAUGUCGGAGCUGAAAGUUCUGGGUUACCUUGGAAACCACAUGAACAUCGUUAACCUGCUGGGCGCCUGCACUGUCGGAGGGCCGAUUUUGGUGAUUACCGAGUACUGUUGCUAUGGCGACCUUCUCAACUUUCUUCGAAGGAAACGAGAAUCUUUCCUAAACGCACAAAUUAGUGAUGGUUACUAUCGCAACAUCUUCAACCAAAGCGAGCCGAUGAGGGAGGUGACAGGCUCUGGAUACAUGCCCAUGCGUCCUUCUGAAAAAGAGAGAGCUUCAGAGUCAGAUGACAUAGAGGAGCUGUCUCUGGAUGCUGAAGAUCUACUGAGCUUUUCUUAUCAGGUUGCCAAAGGAAUGGAGUAUAUCACUUCAAAAAAUUGUAUUCACAGAGACCUGGCAGCUAGAAAUGUUCUGCUGACUCACGGUCGCGUCGCAAAGAUCUGUGACUUUGGUUUAGCACGUGACAUCACCACAGACUCCAGCUACGUGCUCAGAGGAAACGCUCGUCUGCCUGUCAAGUGGAUGUCCCCUGAGAGUCUGUUUGACUGUGUAUAUACCUUUGAGAGUGACGUCUGGUCUUACGGCAUCCUGCUCUGGGAAAUCUUCUCUCUUGGCAACAGUCCGUAUCCUGGAAUGCAAGUGGGUUCUGCUUUUUAUCGAAUGAUUCAACAAGGACACAGGAUGAGCAGACCUGAGUUUGCGCCCGUAGAAAUCUACGACAUGAUGCUGAGCUGUUGGAAUCAUGACCCUUUGAAACGGCCCUCAUUCAGAAAACUGGUGGAGAGCACUGAAUUGCUGCUGUCCGAAAACACUAGAAAUGUGUACUUGACAUUGAGUACUGUACCUGGUCACCCUGACCAGCAGAGGGAGUCAACACGCAGGCUGAGCUCAGUGUGCAGCACCACAGCCCCCACUCAGCCUUUACUGCUCAGCUCUGGAGAUGUGUUUGUGGAUUAUGAAUCAGUCUAAGUGUAUUCAGCCCCCCUAACCCCACAAUGUCCCAAAGAACAAGAGCCAAACUACCCUGUGUAAAGUAGACUACUAACAACAACAUAUACAAAACUCAUGCACUGCUGGCCACUGUCUAACACAACACAGUAUUCUGCACAGCAAUGGCAUGUAUCAAACCUCUGCUUAUCACUCUGGGGGCAGGCUCAGUGAGAACCCUUAGAAGAGGGAUGUGACUUGCAAUUUUAAAAUAUCUGUUGUAUUAUAAGAAAACAAAGUGUACAUUUUGGUGGUUAAUAUUAAGAGUUUGGUCUACAGCUGUGGUGAAUUUUAAAACUGCAUUGGCUAAAUUUCACCGACUUUUUGUUAAGGAGUUUUAAAGGUGUUUUUUUAGAGAGUGGCGAUAAGGAAAUCUUUUUUUUUCUGAUUUGUCCAAUUUGUAUAAAAUUGUAAAUACACUAGAAAUGUGCCUUUUUAUGUUUUCUGGAUGCAUUUGACUUUGUGUUUAUUGUUGGGAGCCGUUUGUACAGUAUUUUGGAGGUAAUGUUCCUGCAAUUUUGAUACAGUGGGUUGACUUGUUAUAAUAAAAAA